CGAUAAGUUUGUAAACAAUUAUAUAACGCUUUCUUUUAAUGAGAUUUAAAUUUAAUUCAUUUAAAACUUGUGUUCAAUUGAUUGGCAUUUAUCUGAAGAAAUCGCACAAAUCGUGUUAUCUAUCACCAAAAGAGUCAUUAAAACUAAUCAGCGGUUAAAAUGUUUGAGUUGGUGUCGGAAUGGAUGGUGUGGUUGUCUGUGUGGUCGGUGCAAAGUCCGGGUCAGUUCUUGUAUACAGUUCUGCUAAUACUGUCGCCAUUCUUCGCCAUAAGUGCUUACCUUUCGUGGAAAUUAUCCAAACAUAUAGAGACGAAGAACCGGAAGAAUAAACUCAAGAAUAAACGCAUCGAUAAUAUUAAACAACGAAAGAAACAGAAAUAGAUUUCU